AUGAAGGGGUUAAUUUUAUUGCUCCUUUUCUGUCAUGUUGCAUCUCCAGUGCUUCAUUCCAUGAAGUAUUUCUACACAGCAUCAUCUCAAGUCCCAAACUUCCCAGAGUUUGUGGCUGUUGGUUUAGUUGACGGUGCUCAGAUUGUUUACUACGACAGCAACACACAGAGAGCACAACCCAAACAGGACUGGAUGGUCAACGUGACAGCUGAAGAUCCUCAGUACUGGGAGAGGGAAACUGGCAGCUUGUUGCGCUCCCAGCAGGCCUACAUAAAAAACAUUGAGACUGCAAAGCAGCGCUUCAACCAAACUGGAGGUGUUCACAUUGCUCAGAAAAUGUACGGGUGUGAAUGGGAUGAUGAGACUGGAGACGUGAAUGGAUUUGAUCAGCAAGGUUAUGAUGGAGAAGACUUUAUAGUGCUGGACCUGAAGACACUGACAUGGAUCGCUCCAAAACCACAGGCUGUCAUCACCAAACAGAAUUGGGAAGAGAAAAGAGCUGAGUUGGAAAUGUAUAAGAACUACCUCACCCAGAUUUGCAUUGAUUGGCUGAAGAAAUAUGUGGACUAUGGGAGGAGCACUCUGCUGAGAACAGAGCUUCCCUCGGUGUCUCUCCUCCAGAAGACUCCCUCCUCUCCAGUGACCUGCCACGCUUCAGGUUUCUACCCCAACAAAAUCAUGAUGUUCUGGACGAGAGACGGAGAGGACCUUUAUGAGGACGUGGACCACGGAGAGAUCCUCCACAACCACGAUGGAAACUUCCAGAAGAGCGUUGACCUGGACGUUUCAUCAGUCAAAGCUGAAGACUGGGGGAGGUACAGCUGUGUGUUUCAGCUCUCUGGUGUCGAGGAGGACAUCGUCACCAAAUUGGACCCAAAAGUGAUCAAGACCAACUGGGGCAGGACUGAGAUCAAACGUGAUGGAGUGAAGCCCAGUGACCUGCCCAUCCCCAUCGUUGCUGUGGUGGCUGUUAUUGCUGUGCUCCUCAUUGCUGGCAUCGGAUUCGCAGUGUACAAGAAGAAACAAGAGAGGAACUCAAAACAAGUGUGCUGUGAGCGACGCAGGAUUGGCUGA